UUUUUUUUUUUUUUGGUUUUUCGUUUCGCAUCGCGUCUGCGUUACUUUUUUUCAAUUUCGUCCCAACGCUCUCGUGCCGUGUGCCCCCUGCGUCGUCCUUGUGGAAUAUCCAUUGCUUUGUACAAGUUCGUGUUUCAUUAUCAUCAUCAUCAACAUCAAACAAACAUCCCUAUGGCCCCCGUCCGCAACAAGUCAGCUGGUGCCAGCAAACCGCUCAAAACAACAACGCUCCAAGUGACAUCAUCGUCGAGAAUUGCCGCUGAGGCUCAAGCACCCUUGUCCCAGCCUCCCACCGCCGACGCUAUGCCUGUCAUUGCUAGAGUUUCGACAGCUCAGUUGCAAGGCAAGGUCAAGGCUUGCGCAUCAAUGCACCGCGAUGGAGCCACUGCGCCAGCAGCUCAGCCACAGCGGUAUGCCGGUCCGUUUUGUGCUCCUCCGAAGGCCUCGGCGCUCCCGAUGCCUCCCGUUCAAUGGCUGUCGGCCAGCGGUGCCUAAACCAUUCCACUCCUAUUGCUCCUUUCCGGCUACUGUCUCUAUUCGGCAACGUCGACACGCUGCUGCUGCGCGUGAAUCCCUCGUUUGAUGGCGUAAUAAGAAGUACUCCACAAUCGACAACAUGAACGUCGGCUCAAGUCGUCCCAUUGCGAUCCAUGAUGGAUCGAAAUCCCACCGGCCCUUCUCCUGCCGCAAUGGACAUAAUGUUCAUCGCGUUACUUGGUCCCUGUGGUUUGAUUGACCAGUGUGACUUGUGAGCCCGGUGCAGCAAAAACACUUCUUUCGGCUUGGACUUGUUCGAGCUGCUGCGUUGGUCUCGCACCCCGCUUGCCAAAAGCAAAUUUUCAGGGCUGGUGCUAGUGCUGCUGGUACCUCCUGCCACUGCGUCUCAGACGGCGUGCCACAAUUCCAUGAUGGUCUUCGUUGCGCUGAAACCGCAGUUGCUGUCGAGGCUUCUUGUGCUUUCGCCGCCGGUGUCAUCAUAAACAGCAAUUCGGGCCUCUGAGGUUGAGGAUGCCUCGCUUCGUGAUCAUUUCGAGGCUGUCGUACUGCUGUGUUGCGUUGGAUCGAUGGCGUUUUUGUUUUUGUUUUGUUUUUGGUUUGGUUUUGGGCGAUAUGGUUGUUUGUGGGUACCAUUCCAUCCAUAUUGCAUUUAACUGAACGAAUUAUUGCUUGUUUGCCCUGAAUUCCAUGAUGGGUCUGAACGGCUCGUCGAGUUUGCUCAACUGCGAGCGCCAAUAUUUUUCACAAGUUACGAAUUGCCCAUCG